GUUUCUUACACCGCGGUUUCAAACUCGCAUUCGAGAUAAAAAUAUCUUCCGACGACUUUCUCACACUUUCGUCUUUCAAUUCGACCCAAAAGGUAUUCUCGCGGACACACACACACUCAAGAUGGCGACGGCGACAGCACCUCCAUUGGAAAAUUCUGUCAACGGCUCAGAUGUCGUUUCGAAGCCUCCGGCCGACGGAGACGCCUCAUCGAAGCAGACGCCGGCGUCCUUCGGCGGAGGCGUCGACGAAUCGAAGGGCGAAUCUGCUGCUGUUACUGAUAUCCAGAAGAAGAUGAAGCGCGCGGAGCGGUUCGGCAUGCCGGUGCAGAUGACGGAGGAGGAAAAGCGUAGUUCCCGAUCUGAGAGGUUUGGCUCUGGGUCUGCUGCGAAGGUGUCAGAUACUAAGGCAGCGGAGGACCUGAAGAGGAAAGCUAGAGCAGAGAGGUUUGGGAUUGUGCAGUCUGCUCAAACUGAUGAAGAAACAAAGAAAAAAGCUAGACUUGCUAGGUUCGGUUCAACACCGAAGACCGAUUCAGUGGAGGAAGAUAAAAAGAAAGCCAGAGCACUAAGAUUUUCACAGCCCAAGACAAAUGGAAAAGGGGAUACUGAGGUGAAAACAGAUACUGCUGGCAAGGCUGGUGCUGGAACCUAAAUGAAAUUUCUACUUUGAUUGAUAGGUAGUAGGUGAACGAGCUAACCUUUUGCUUUCCACCCUGUUGCUUUCAUUUUGCCUCUCCGCCACAUCCUAACGUAGCCCUCUAUCAUGACCUUCAGCUGAUGUACAAGAGUCUCUGGUUUUUCUCUAGUUUAAAAUUUAUUUAAUUAAGGUUUUCAUGGUUAGGCCCAAGUUAAUUAACAGCAACCUCCUUUGUGUUAAUACUUUUAAAUUAGUCUAUCAACCAUAUCUAAGUACCUACUUAUUGCCUGAAAGCAAAGUCUGUCAGUGUCUCAUGCGAGUUCUUUUAUCCUUUUGUUUUUUGUCUUUUAUUUGUAGUUUAUCAUUUAUGUCUGGUUAUUUCUAAGUUAGGUUUCCUGCAUGCUUAUUCAUGGUCAGCAAAUCCAUUUCGUCUUAGGUUAUGGUACUUCUUUUAUUUUCCUUUUCUUUCUUUCCUUUUCCUUUUUAGUUUGUUCUUUUUUCUUCUAUUCUAAGACCCUUUUUAAUGCAUGGAUUUGUUUCACGCUUCCAUUUUUGGUACAGUCCUUAUCAUUUUCAGAAGUGUGCUUUGUGUCAACUUGUUUGGGUCUGAUUUCCAUACGUGGUGCAUAAACUUACCAGGAUAAUCUAGUCGUUCGUGAUUCAACGUGUUGCUUUGUCUGGAGUUUGUAUUUCAUACAUGAAUUUUGACCAAGUGUUGACGACUCAUUACUCAUUAGGCUUGAAGAUCAUUCAGUCAUUUUGCACUUCUUCUUGUUACGGAUUUGUGUUCAUGCAUCGUGUAGGAUAAGUUCUCAGGCAAAGAAUAAAAGUGCAUUCCAACAUAAUACUGUGAAUACUUUUGUACUUGCUUCUGAGUUAGCCAAGGAGUAAGUAUUCUCGUGCAAGAAUGAAAAUCCUUAAAGAAUCUGAUGGAUCUACUGUUUUGGCAGUACAAUCGUUUAAAGUGCUUUGUUCUUCAGUUCUUGAAUUUGGUGCAAAGUAUACACUCUGACCUUACAUGGUCUUUGUGUUGACCUUCUUGCAGAAUGAAUAAGGAGUUCAUAUAUGCAUUUAUACAUCUUAUUUGAAGCUUUCCUGUUGAUAUAUUUUUUAGAAUUAGAAUUCUAGGGUCUUUUAUAUGGUUGGUCUUUCAAACUAGAUUAACAUGAAGGAGGUGCUGUUUUGUUACUUAUGGUCUAACCAGAUCAAAUUUCAACCUAUUCAAUUGCAAGUGCUUGCAAGUUCGCCUUUUGGUUAUGUAAUGUUUUUUUAUUUGGGAAACAUGUAUCUUCACUAUACUUUUGUAGAGGCAGAGUGAUAUGAAACUCAUUUGGUUCUGUUUCUUAUGUUUGUUAUCUUGUAAUUUAUUCACAUUUGCUUGUUUAUUUUGCACAUCGGUGUGAAUUAUUAUUGAAUAUGGUAGUCGAGGCUCCCGAGGAGAG